AUGUCAUCAGCUGAUGUCACACUAAGCCCGGUUCGUAACGAGAUGCCUCCCCUUCAUGCCAAUUCGUGUGCUGAUUCCUUCCCCGACGAGACCAUUUUGAUCUACCUAACACUCCCGGGAACAGUGAUCCCCAUGCGAGUCCUCGAAUCCGAAUCAAUCGAAUCCGUCAAGCUCCGUAUCCAGUCUUACCGCGGCUUCGUAGUGCGGAACCAGAAGCUAGUCUUCGGAGGCAGGGAGCUAGCGAGGAGCAACUCCAACAUGCGUGACUACGGUGUCAGCGACGGCAACGUGCUUCAUUUGGUAGUCAAGGUCUCUGAUCUCCAGGUUCUUGACGUGAAGACCACUUGUGGGAAGCACUGUAGGUUUCAUGUGGAGAGAGGGAGGAACAUUGGGUAUGUUAAGAAGCAGAUUUCGAGGCAGAAAGGUGGUGACUUUGUUGAUUCCGAGGUGCUUUAUGAAGGUGAGAAGCUUGAGGAUCAGAGCCUUGUUAAUGAUAUUUGUAGGAACAGUGGGGGUGUUCUGCAUUUGCUUGUGAGGAGAUGUGCUAAAGUUCGUGCUAUGCCUGUGGAGAAGAACUUUGAGUUGUCUAUUGUUGCUCCACUACCGCAAGUUGAUGUUGUGGAGGCUAGGAAGGAGGUUUCUGAUGAGUUCUUGUUGGAGCCGGUGAUUGUUAAUCCCAAGGCGGAGUUGCCUUUAGUGGUUAAAGAUAUGGUUAGCUCUGCUUCUGAGGGAUUGAGAAGUGGGAAUCCUCCGGUUAGGUCAAGGGAGGGAACAGGAGGAGCUUAUUUCAUGCAGGGUUGUUCCGGGAACAAGUAUGUUGGUGUGUUUAAGCCUAUUGAUGAGGAGCCGACAGCUGAGAACAAUCCACAUGGGUUACCACUUUCGCCAAACGGUGAAGGUUUGAAGAAAGGAACAAAGGUUGGGGAAGGUGCGUUAAGGGAAGUUGCUGCUUAUGUGUUGGAUCAUCCCAAGAGUGGACGCAGAGCUAUGUGUGGUGAAGAGAGAGGUUUUGCUGGUGUGCCUCCUACAACUAUGGUUGAGUGUCUGCAUCCCGGGUUUAACCAUCCUAAUGGAAUCAAAAGCAAGAUUGGAUCACUUCAGAUGUUUACUGAGAAUGAUGGUAGCUGUGAGGAUAUGGGUCCAGCUUCAUUUCCAGUAGAGGAAGUUCACAAGAUAUCUGUGCUGGAUAUUAGAUUGGCUAACGCAGAUAGGCAUGGUGGAAACAUUUUAAUGAGUAAGGAUGAAAAUGGAAAGAUAGCUCUGAUUCCAAUUGAUCAUGGAUACUGCUUGCCUGAAAGCUUUGAGGACUGCACGUUCGAGUGGCUUUACUGGUCACAAGCUCGGAAACCAUACUCUUCCGAGACACUGGACUACAUACAAUCAUUGGACGCUGAGGAAGAUAUCAGUCUCCUCAUGUUCUAUGGAUGGAAAAUGCCAUUGAAAACCGCUAGAACACUCAGAAUCUCAACGAUGCUUCUGAAGAAAGGCGCAGAAAGAGGAUUGACAGCAUUUGAGAUUGGAAACAUGAUGUGCAGAGAAACUCUAACCAAGAAAUCUCUAGUGGAGGAGAUGGUAGAGGAAGCUCAAGAAGCGGUGCUUCCAGGGACGAGUGAAGCUGCAUUCAUGGAAGCCUUGUCUGAUGUGAUGGAUUAUCAUCUUGAUGAGGUGGUUCACUCUCAGGACUUGGUUCAUGUGUGA